GGCUCAGGGAACCCGCCUUCAGCGAGGGCGCUGCCGCAGCAUGGAGGACGACGCGCCCGUAAUCUACGGCCUGGAGUUCCAGGCGCGGGCCCUCACGCCUCAGACCGCGGAGACGGACGCCAUUCGGUUUUUGGUUGGGACGCAGUCUCUCAAGUAUGAUAAUCAGAUCCACGUCAUAGACUUUGACGACGAGAACAACAUUAUCAAUAAAAAUGUGCUCCUGCAUCAGGCGGGGGAGAUCUGGCACAUUAGUGCCAGCCCCGCAGACAAAGGCGUGCUGGCCACCUGCUACAACAAGACUGCAGACAGCAAAGUGGUGACUUGCGCCGCUGUGUGGAGGAUGCCUGCGGAGCUGGAGCCCGGCGGCCAGGAGUCCCCCGAGGACGCGACGAGCCCCGCACACGCCCUGGAGCUGCUCUGUCACCUGGAGCCCGCGGCCCGCGGCAGCACCGCCUGCGUCGCCUGGGAGCCCGCGGGAGACGGGAAGAGGGUCAUCUCGCUGGCCGACAACCACAUCCUGCUGUGGGAUCUGCAGGAAAGCUCCAGCCAGGCCAUGGUGAGUGAUUCAGGCCACAGGGCUUCUAUCUUCCGCACCCGUGUGUCCCCUGAGGUCUCACCCUGCGGCGCGGGGGCAGCUCUGCUGCAGGGCCCCGACCAGGAGGCGGCGUCUCCCCCGAUGGCCCGUUCACCCCCAGACCUGCGCAUGCCCCCCAGUUUGGGUCUGCGCGUGCUCAUGCCCGGGGUCUUGGGCUUUCCCCGGCUACGGGAAGAACUAGCUUCCGUGGGGCGGAAGGGCGGCUGGCGUCACCCGCCCGCGUGCAGGCCUGGGGGUGGUGCCCAGGGGAGCACUUCCUGGGAGAAGAGGACAGGCUUCAAGGACCCGCCCUGCCUGCUCUGCCUGAGCCGCAGGCGGGCUCACCGCCUGGGGACAGAGGCCCAGGCUCCUCGCCUCCUUGCCCACAACCCUGCUUCUCUCUGCUUCCUGGGCUCCGCGCGUGGGGAGUGGGCCAGUGGGGAGAAGGGCCGGCUCCUGGAGCCCCCAGUGGCCAUCACGUGGUUUCUGUGGGAACAGUCAGAAGUCUGGAACCUCAAGGCCUGUGAGGCUGCGGGCCAGGUGUCAACAAGCCCCGGCGCCCCCACGUCCAUCCCCACAGACACGCCCGGCGCCCCCGCGUCCAUCCCCACAGACACGCCCGGCGCCCCCGCGUCCAUCCCCACAGACAAGCCCGGCGCCCCCGCGUCCAUCCCCACAGACACACCCGGCGCCCCCGCGUCCAUCCCCCCGAGUGACAGGCCUUUGUGCGCUCGGUUUGGGUCAGCUCUGUUGGGAGCCACGCGGCCGGUCUGUGUCGGUCUCGGGGUCGUAGGGAGCUGCACAGCCGCCUUCCUCCUCCGCCCUGCCUUCAGUAACCAGGGGCUGUGGGUCCGAGCCUCUCACCGGUGGUCUGGCUCCUCCGGGUGCCCUUCGGUGGCCGCAGCCUCCCCUGGAGAUCCAGGCUUGGGCCUCUUGUUUAGGGAGAAAUUACUAGGCUAUUGGAAAGGUACAGGAUGUAGAAACCAGUUCCAGAUUUUAAAGUGGCUUUGGGCUGGAAAACCCAAUCUGGGAGAAAAGAUGAAAAGGACUGAAGUCGUUGCCAUGAACAGGAGCGUGGAGGUCUGGGGUGCCAGCCAGAUCUACUGUAUCGAGAGCGCCCAUGGCCAGCUAGUGCGGGACCUGGACUUCAACCCCAACAAGCAGUACUACCUGGCCAGCUGUGGGGAUGACUGCAAGGUGAGGUUCUGGGACACCCGCAACGUCGCCGAGCCCGUCAAGACCUUGGAGGAGCACUCCCACUGGGUGUGGAACGUCCGCUACAACCACUCGCACGACCAGCUGGUCCUCACGGGCAGCAGCGACAGCAGGGUCAUCCUUUCCAACAUGGUGUCCAUCUCCUCCGAGCCCUUCGGCCACCUGGUGGACGACGAUGAUCUGAGUGACCAGGAGGAGCGCCGUCUGGAGGAGAAGAGCCAGGAGCCCCCGCAGGACAGCGUCAUCGCCACCUACGAGGAGCACGAGGACAGCGUGUACGCCGUGGACUGGUCCUCAGCCGACCCCUGGCUCUUCGCCUCCCUCAGCUAUGACGGGCGGCUCGUCAUCAACCGCGUGCCCCGAGCGCUGAAGUACCACAUCCUGCUGUGAGCGCCGGGCUGCCUCGGGGCCCCGGCUCUCCAGGCAGAGCCCCGUCGGACGCGGGCGCCCUGAACAGUGGCAGGGCCUCUGCCCGCCGACCUCUGCGCCCCUCCAUCUCUGCCCCGGAGACUGACACAGCUGCCCAGACCGAGUGGGGCGCGCUCCCUCCUCCCGCUGAGAGGCGCUGGGCGUUUCCCUGUGAUUUGUUUCCUUGACGUCGACGCCGUCUUCUCGCGAGAUUAAAUGGAAUAAAAGCAGCGGGGG